UUGGGACUUGAGAAUCAAUGGCGCUAAGGUAUCACGAAGGGAGGUUCAGUCGUCAUUGUUGAAGCGGAGUUUUUUGUGUGUUAUUCGUAAUUGUGCAUCUCUUAAUAUUUAUUUAUUCCGAUUUUGAACUGUUUUAACUUAAAAUGAGCAAACGUCGUGCUGAAUCUUCGUCAGGUAGUGGAAGUGGUAGUGGGAGUAGCAGCAGCAGUAGUAGUAGCAGUGAAUCAGAUGCCGAGUCGGGCUUGGUGACUUCGCCAAAGAAACGUCAACGAACUGGGGUUGCAGCCAGCAAUUCCCCGCCUAAGCCGGUAGCACAUGAUUCAGAUUCAGAAACCUCAGAUUCAGAUGAUGACUGGGAUGCUAGUGGCAAGAAGAAGAAGCCCAAGAAGAAGAAAGCUAAACUUAGUUCAGGAAAACCUAAUCGAAAACCCUCAAGUGACAAUGAAAGCCAUUCUGACCCAGAAGAAGGUGAAGUUUCAGAUAACUCUGAUUCUGAUGAUGGAGCUAGAAAAAGUGGAAGUUCUAGUAGCUAUUCCAGCUCUGAGUCUGAAGAAGAAUUUAAUGAUGGGUAUGAUGAGAACCUUAUGGGAGAUGAUAAUGAUCAGGCUCGUCUUGCCUCCAUGACUGAAAAAGAAAGAGAAGAAGAGCUGUUCAACCGAAAUGAAAGAAGAGAAGUUAUGAGGACAAGGUUUGAAAUUGAAAAGAAACUAAAGGCUGCCAAACGUAAAGAGCAGCACAAGAAAAAAUCUUCCCAUAAAGGCAAGAAGGACAACAAAGACAAGGGGCUUUCUAAGGACUGGGGUGAUAAAGAUCUCGACAAAGAUGUUAAAGAGAGAAGUAAGGAACGAAAGAAGACUGUUGAAGAAAACAAGGGGAAGACCGACAAGAAAGCUCAGGCUAUGACCGCCUUGAAAGCUCGCCGAGAGGAAAAGAAAGAGAGAGAGGAAAAGGAGAAACAGCGCAUUGAAGAUCGCAAGAACGACGAUAAGGAUGGAGAUCUCGACGGGGUAUCUGCCGAUGCUAACAAGAAGAAACUGAAAGCAUCUGAUGUCUACUCUGACGAUAGUGGUUCCGAUUCAGAUUCUGGAUCUGAUUUUAGCACAGAUAAACACGGUGCUGCUGGUAAAUCCUCAUUUCCCUCAUCAAGCAAACGACAGCAGAGCAGCUCCAGUAGCAGUAGUAGUGAUUCCGAUGAGGACGACAAAAAAAGUAGCAAAGCUAAGAAGCCGGUGUUUGUUGAAAGCAAAGAGCAGCUGGGACGAAUUCGUUUAUCUCGUCACAGGCUUGAAAAAUGGGUGCAUGCACCUUUUCUCAAACGAGCUAUUGUUGGUUGCUUUGUUCGAGUUGGAAUCGGCAUGAACAACGGCAGAUCAGUUUACAGGAUUGCCGAAAUCAUUGAUGUCUGUGAAACCGGCAAAAUUUAUCAACUAGGCUCCACCAAAACAAACAAAGGAAUACGACUGAAGCAUGGUGCUCAAGAAAGAGUUUUUCGGAUUGAAUUCGUUAGCAAUCAGGAUUUCAGUGACUCAGAAUUCAAAAAAUGGUUGGACGAUUGUAACACUCAGGGAACAUCUCCUCCAACUCUAGAAGAUAUCGAGAAAAAGCUCAAAGACAUAAAAGAAGCUGCCAAUUUUGAAUUCAAUGAAGAAGACAUUAACCAGAUGUUGGAAGAAAAAGGACGAUUCCGGAAGACUCCUUACAACUAUGCUAUGCGUAAAAAUCAAUUGAUGAAGGAACGAGACGUAGCUCUACUAAAAGGAGAGGAAGAAGAAACGGAACGCAUCACUAAAGAAUUGGCCGAACUGGAGGAGAGAGCUGAUGAGCUGAGCAAGCGAUCUCUUUCAACAACGCUGUCGUCUAUUUCGUUCAUCAAUGAACGUAAUCGCAAGCGCAAUGUAGAAAGAGCAGAAGAAGCCAUUCUUGAGGAGAUUCGAGCCAGUGGAGGACAGAAAACCGAAGAUCCGUUCACUCGAAGAAGCACUAGGCCCGGAAAGUCAGGAGGUUACCGUCCUAAUGCCGAUGGAAUUCCGCCUGGACCCGACCCUCUUGCUCCAGUAAUUAAAACUGAAAGUCAGUCGGCAACUGCCAAUAAUGAAGGCAGAACUGAUUCGAAAGACAAAGCUAAACUGGUUGCAAAGCCAAAAACUAGUGAUCUAUUUUCUGCACACGAUUUUGAUAUAAAAAUAGAUUUAGAAGUCCCUCUUCAAUCUCAACCAGUUGCUGUCACUCCAAAACCUGUGGCCAACCUGAAAGAAGCCCCUCGUCGUUCCCUCAACUUAGAAGAUUAUAAGAAAAAACGUGGAUUAAUUUGAACUAGAAGCUCCCUUUACUCACAUUGACUUAAAAGCAUAAAAGACUAAUAAAUUAAAAUCUUAACAAGUCAGUAUGAAGCAAUUGAACUGACAAACAAAUCAACUUUGUAUUCCUCCAAUAGUGUUAAGCAUGUAUGAUACAUUAAGCCAAUACACAACCUGGCUGAUGUCAUGUAAUAUAUGGAGAGUUGUGUACCAUCAGAUCAUCAACUGAGAUUGAAACAAUAUACUUCCCUGGCACCAUUGCCAAUCCUAAUACACGUGGCUCUUCAGCAGCAUUA